AUGGGAAAACCACCAGGGAUGAAUCGCCCCUUCGUUAAAGUUUUGGUAGCUUUAUUCGCAUAUUUCAUGGAGACAAGCAACUUUAGAGUUGUGGAUGCCAAGGAGCACGAUUCCAGAUCAUCGUCCAACAUGUCUCCAUCAGACUUUCUGGACUCACUCAUGGGUCGCACGUCCGGGUAUGAUGCACGCAUAAGACCGAAUUUUAAAGGUCCCCCUGUAAACGUUACAUGCAAUAUUUUUAUCAACAGUUUCGGCUCUGUCACAGAGACAACCAUGGUGAGUUCCUCUGGUAUUUUGGCUGAUUUCUGUCCUGUACGAUGUGUCAAUGUGUUAUCUAUCCCUCAACCCGCAGGUCCACCAGUUAAUGUUACCUGCAACAUAUUUAUCAACAGCUUUGGUUCUAUAGCAGAAACUACAAUGGAUUACAGAGUGAACAUCUUCCUGCGGCAGAAGUGGAAUGACCCUCGGCUGGCAUAUAGCAAAUACCCAGAUUCCUCCCUCGACCUGGACCCGUCCAUGCUGGACUCCAUAUGGAAGCCUGACCUCUUCUUCGCCAAUGAGAAAGGAGCCAACUUCCAUGAUGUCACCACAGACAACAAGCUGCUGAGGAUUUUCAAGGAUGGCACUGUUCUCUACAGUAUCAGGCUGACUCUCAUUCUGUCCUGCCCAAUGGAUCUGAAGAACUUUCCGAUGGAUGUGCAAACUUGCACGAUGCAACUGGAAAGUUUUGGCUACACCAUGAACGACUUGAUCUUUGAGUGGCUGGAGAACGGUGCAGUGCAGGUGUCAGACGGGCUCACCCUGCCUCAGUUCAUCAUGAGGGAAGAGAAGGAGCUGGGCUACUGUACCAAACACUACAACACUGGUAAAUUCACCUGUAUUGAAGUUAAAUUCCAUCUGGAACGCCAGAUGGGCUACUACCUGAUCCAGAUGUACAUUCCUUCCCUCCUGAUUGUCAUCCUCUCGUGGGUGUCUUUUUGGAUCAAUAUGGAUGCUGCUCCUGCCAGAGUGGCACUAGGCAUCACCACUGUGCUUACCAUGACCACCCAAAGCUCUGGCUCCAGAGCUUCUCUUCCAAAGGUCUCUUACGUGAAAGCCAUUGAUAUCUGGAUGGCUGUGUGUCUGCUCUUUGUAUUUGCUGCAUUGCUAGAAUAUGCUGGGGUUAAUUUUGUCUCCAGGCAACAGAAAGAGUUCCUUCGCCUGAGGCGAAGACAAAGAAGGAAUCACAAGGAUGAGGAUAUGCGUGAAGGCCGCUUUAAUUUUGCUGGCUACAACAUGAGUCAGUGUCUGCCAACGAAGGAUGGCUCAGCUGUUAAGAACGCUGCUCCAGCUCCAAACCCUCAACCGUCAGUCCCAAAAGACAUAGAUACCAUGAGGAAGAAGUUUGUGGACAGAGCCAAGAGGAUAGACACAAUCUCCAGGGCUGCUUUUCCUCUGGCCUUCCUCAUCUUCAACGUCUUCUACUGGGUUACUUACAAGAUCAUCAGGCACGAGGACAUCCACAAAAAGUAA